AUGUCGAAGCCUACCGUUCUGCAUCUUGGAAACGCUGUCAAGUACAGCACCGAAUACUACGAGAAGGAGUUCCUGCCUCGCUUCAAUGUGGUGAGGAAUGAGGACUUGGACAGAGAGUCGUUCAAGAAAGCCUUGAAAGAGAGGAAGUAUGGGGAUUUUUCGGCCAUCUUCCGCCCACAUUUCCAGACUGGCGGCGAGAUGGGCCAGUGGGACCAAGAGUUGAUCUCUUUGCUGCCGCCUUCAGUGCGCAUAUUCGCAUCUGCGGGCGCUGGGUUCAACUGGGCAGACACCGACGUCCUCGGCAAGCGUAAGAUCUGGUACGCCAACGGGGCGGGCGCCUCGGACGAGGCGGUUUCGGACACGGCUCUCUACAUGAUCCUGUCGGUCUUCCGCAACUUCACCCGCGCCCAGCUGGCAGCGCGAUCUGGAGACCCGGACAGGUUCUCUUACACGCACCGACUCAUUGCUGACAUCUCGGCCAACCCGCGAGGAUACGUGCUCGGCAUCGUCGGGCUGGGCAACAUCAGCAAGAAGCUCGCUGCGAAGGCUCGGUUGGCGCUGGGCAUGGACAUUCACUAUUACGACAUCGUCCGCGCCAGCCCUGAAGAGGAAGAGAGGCUUGGGGCUACUUACCACUCGUCGUUGGACGAGCUUCUGAGCAUCUCCGACUGCGUCUCGCUGCACACACCGCUGAACCCCCAUACCCAGGACCUGAUAAAUGCCAGCAACAUCUUCCACAUCAAGAAGGGUGGGAGACUGAUCAACACUGCCAGAGGGCCCAUCGUGGAGGAGAAGGCAUUGAUCGAUGCGUUGAAGAAGGGCCAUCUUUCGGCGGCUGGAUUGGAUGUUUUCUACAACGAGCCGAACAUUCCGCAAGAGUUCAUUGAGAUGGAAAACGUCACGUUGACAACGCACAUUGGCGGAGGAGCGCUAGACACUCGAAUCAACUUCGAGCUGCUGGCUAUGAAAAAUAUUGUCACUGUGGUAGGUCCGGAUGGGGAGUUUGCUGGAAAGCCUCUGACGCCGGUCAACACUCGUGCUUUUGAGGCAGCGUCACAGUAG